AUGACUAUGACAAUGCAUAUAAGUGGCAUUAUCGAUAUUGACAUAUAUGCCAAUAUACGUAUGAUAAUCGCAUUGGCAGUAGAAUAUAAACUACAUCUACACCAAAUGGACGUGUCAUCAGCGUAUCUGAACAGCGAAUUACAUGACGAGGUUUACAUGAAGCAGCCAGAAUGUUUCAUGGAUAGAAAGUCGGGCAGACCUAAAGCUUUGACUCCCUACGAAGAACGCAAUGCCAUAGUUGCCGUCAAGCGUAACCCGCGCAUUUCGGCAGUAAAGAUAACGAAUAAUAUAAAUGUCGAAUUCAAAAAAAAUAUAAAUCCCCAGACUGUGAGAAAUGUGCUGCACAAAGCUGGUUAUUAUGGACGAACUGCGCGACACGGAGUAAUUAAAGUGUGGAGACGUGCCAAUGCAGAGAUGCAAGAAAAUAACUUAAUACCUACAGUUAAACAUGGUGGUGGAAACAUCAUGGUUUGGGGGUGUAUGGCUGCAUCUGGUGUGGGUAAUUUGGAGUUUAUUACAGAUAAAAUGGACAAAUAUAUGUAUCUGAACAUUCUGAAGAAAAAUCUGCGUCCAAGCGUACAAAAACUGGGUCUCGACAGCAGCCGAUUUCUUUUUCAACAAGAUAACGACCCAAAACACACGUCGUAUCUAGUCCGUGAAUGGCUUCUAUAUAACUGUAAGCAACUUCAAACGCCACCACAAUCACCGGACAUUAAUCCCAUAGAGCACAUAUGGGAUUUGUUGAAAAAAAAGGAUUCGAAAACAUAA